UAAGCAACAGGGUUCUGAAAAGUGUGAAUCUUGAGUCCGAAGUGUGAACUUCUUUAAAGUCCCUACUUGCUCGACGUAAGAUUUUUGACGAACACGCACGUAUAUUUCUCCGUGAGAGCCAACCGCUGACAGGGAAUCAUGGACCGCUUCCUUUUGGUUUUCAUCAUCAGCUGCACCAUCUUGGCACAUGCUUUCCUCGCUUCAUCAUACAUGGCCACUUCAGAUGCUGAUAGUGCAAUACUGAAUGACUAUCCAGAUGUUGCACGCUUGAUGUAUUAUGCUCGAAAGAGGAGCUGCCUCAAACGUGGAAUGAGCUGCGAUCAUCGUCCCAAUGACUGCUGUUACAAUUCCUCAUGCCGAUGCAACUUGUGGGGCACCAAUUGCCGAUGCCAGAGAAUGGGUCUUUUCCAGAAAUGGGGCAAAUAAAUGCUAUCUUCUCACCCGGAUCGAUGUUUGUCUACCCCUUAGCCUACCAUUAAGUAAGGAGAUGAGAUCAGAACGUAUUCUCAGAACCCCCUGCAACCCCUUAUUCAUGUAAUAAUGCACUAUUUUGAAAGAGGCUGUAAAAUAAAACUUUAUCGUAAUGAAACAACUGCGAUUUUUUUAAUUACUAAAGGACACUUUUUUCUUACUUAUUUUACUUGGUAAUGUUGAAAAGUACCAGUAUAAUUAUAUUAUUUUUAAAGCAAAUUUUCUUUAUGAUUAAACCGAAGUAUGGAAUAAAGAUCAAUUUAAAAUCUAAUUCAUAAUGAAUUAUUUUAACAAAUUUUAGUUAAUUCAGAAAAAUAAACGAUCGCUCAAAUUCCUACCAUUCUAAAACUCAAAAAUGUAUGACAUUACGUAUCUGCAUUUAAAAAAUGUAUUUUUAAUUAAUGCUUCUGAAGUCUUUUGUUUUCUUUUCCUUUUAAGCAAAAUAUUUGGAAACUUCAUUCGUCAAAAUAAUGAGUUAAUUAAAUAUUGUUCCAUAUCCUUACAUUUUGAUAUAAUUUCAUUUUCAACUAAUAAAUUAAUAUGGUUUUAUUUUAGAGGUAUGAGUUUAGUUGUAAAUAUAUGACUUAAAAAUCUGACUCUAAAAAGCGCAUACAAAUUCGUACCUGAUGCUGCUUUACCAUUUUGCUUAAACCUCAUUUUAUUUAUCAGUUUUCUUACACACCGCUUAUGCACUGUUGUUUCGUUAAACCCUUAUAACCUGACAAUUUCUUGAGCAAGAAAUAAUUCCUAAGAUGUUUGAGUGCCAACUGUUUCUGUGGAACCGUUCCAAUCUCUUCUCCAAACAAAAAAGCUCCAUUCUUGGUGUUGCAAAAAUUUUUUCACAGGACUUCAUUAGCAAGCUUUCUGUUCUGAUAAGUGUCAACAACACCUUUCUGAAAUUAGCAACUUCAGUUCUUGCAGACAAUAAAAACAGAAAAUUUCUGAAAAUGUAUCUAUAUAUUCUUUUCUUAAUAACAUUAUUAGCAUAAUUUAAAUUACAUAUGAAACAAGAUUUUUUUUAAAUUACAUAUGAAACAAGAUUUUUUUAAAAUUACAUAUGAAACAAGAUUUUUUAAAUUACAUAUGAAACAAGAUCUAAUAAGUCAUAAGACUUAUUAGAAAUUCUUUUUUAAAUAAUUUAAGUCUUAAUUAUAGAGCUCAUUGGCGUUUUGCCAUCACAAAGAAAGGAAUUGAAGGUUUUGAAAGCAAAAACAAUUAUCUACCUCAUUGAAAAUCAGUAUAUUUUUUAAUCCGAACUUUGUGUAGAAAAAUUGAAUUUUUUCAACAAAUAAUUUGUAAAGAGAAUAAAUCCAUUUUUUAAAAUCUUUAAUACUUUUUUCAUAGUUACAUGACUCUAUUGGCUUCAAGAUCUAUAAUACAAAAAUAAACAUUUUUUUUUUCUUUUCUUUUUGUUGAAGCUUGUAAUGAAAUCCUCUCAUUAGUGUUGUCCUUAAAUUUCACACGCAGUAGUUCUGACAAAAAGUUCAAUUUUAAUAAAAAAUCAUUUUCAUUUUCUGUUUUUAUUUUAUUUAUUUUCAUUGGUAUUUUUAACUAAGAAGAUAAAAAAAUAUUUCAAAAUAUUAGAAUUAAUUCUUUAGAAAUUAAAUCAUUUUUACUCCCAUUACCAAAAAAUUAAAAAUCUUUGCUGCUUGGCAGUUUAAAAAAAAUUAGUCUUAGUUUGAAAAGGCACGAUUCAAAAACGAGUUUUGUGGUGUCGCCAUCUUGUGAGUAAAAACGUAACUUUUAUAAGCAUUCUUUUAUAAUCAGCAGAAUUUUUAUCUUUUCAGUGGCUACGGUUUAGGAAAAAAAUAAUCCAUUAUUUACACAAAAAUCACUUCCUUUUCUGUUACAAGAAAUUGCACGAAUUCAUUUCUGUUGCCUUUCUCUCUUGUUAGUAUUCUCUGAACAGACUGCUUGUGAACUAAAAUUAAAUAUCACAUUAAGCAUAUUGUGACAAAAUAUUAAGUGUUAUGCAAUGUAGUGAAAAAUAUUGUUGUGAAAAUAAAUUAGUUUCCAAUAAACGUUUGCACUUUGAA